UAGGACUUACAACUAAGUCCUCCCUGAUGAACCACUGGGAGAACGUGGUCUCCUUGGGCUGUGUUAACCUCACGGAGGACUCAAGGAACACAGUGAGAAGGGUUGGUAGAGGGAAUUGGGAGCACCUCUGGCUAGGCAUACCUUAGGAGACUGCCAACAUUUCCUUGAUGUAGGAUGAUCACAAUUGAAAGGAAUGUGAAUUUUAUCCAGCCAUCGAUGGGGAAAAAAGGCGCUUGGGUCUAUGAAGAAAUAUUUAGAGCAAGGAAAUCCUGGAAGUGAAAAGUCCAACGAUCGGGAAAGGCAAGAACCCACCAGUUUACUACAAUGCAGGAUUUUGUAUGGAGAUGGCUGUCGUGGACGCACAAAGCUCCUGUGUUCCUUUGAUUAACAUACCGUAGGUGGAAGCCAAAAACACCAGACAAUGAAUCUUAUGGCAAGAGCCCUGUAUGAUAAUGUCCCUGAAUGUGCAGAAGAGUUGGCCUUCCGUAAAGGAGACAUUUUGACAGUGAUAGAACAGAACACUGAAGGCCUUGAAGGAUGGUGGCUCUGCUCCUUACAUGGCCGGCAAGGCAUCGUUCCAGGCAACCGUGUGAAACUUCUGAUAGGUCCAGUGGUACAGGACGUUCCAUCUGGCCAGGAUAUGCCCAGUUCAGGACUGACACAUCAGUCCUUCAACCAACAAAAAAUCUAUCAAGUGCCAACCUCGCAUGCUUCAGCACAGGACCCUGUCUACCAGGUGCCGCCUUCGCAUCUGAAUCAAGGAAUUUACCAAAUACCCACUGGUCAUGGUCUAGUGGGGCAAGAUAUUUACCAAGUGCCACCUUCCAUGCAGAGAUGCCUUGAUGGUCCGCCUCUGAUUAACAAGGUAAUAACUCCAGUCAGGUCAGGCCAAGGUUAUGUUUAUGAAUUCCCUUCCAAAUACCAGAAGGAUACCUACGACAUCCCCCCUGUUCGCCCUCUCCAAGGGAUAUAUGACAUUCUCCCCACGUCAGCUAAGGAGACUGCACAUCCAGGUCCCAUGGGAGAAGUGAAAGCUUUAGGAGUCUAUGAUAUACCACCUGCCAAAGGGAUCUACGCUAUACCUCCAUCUGCAUGCCGAGAUGAUACAGGCCUGAGGGAAAAUUUGCAGGAUUUUUCAUCUCCAAUGGGGCACAGUGCAAGACCAGAAGGAGUGUAUGAUAUUCCUCCUCCUAUCGUCAAAGCAGCUGGGAAAGAACCUAAUCAGAAAUUUUCUUCUGGGGGCCUUUUAUUGACUGAUGGAGUAACACACAAACAGAAUGUUUAUGACAUCCCUGUGAACCAUCAAAACCAUUUUCUUGGACAGCAAAUUGCACCUCAGAAAGACGUUUAUGAUACCCCAAGGGGAAUUGCAUUCCCAGGACAACAGACAGGACUCAUUGAAAGUCUGGUCUCAGAAGGAAGAGAAGGUGUGUAUGAUGUGCCACCACCAAUUUUCCAAGACACUAAAGGCUUACAGGAUGUGACUGAUGGGAUAAAUAGGUUGUCUUUCUCCAGCACAGGAAGCACAAGGAGUAACAUGUCCACAUCUUCAACAACGUCAAAAGACUCUUCUUUCUCAGCAUCAACUGCACAGGACAAAAGACUAAUCCUUGAUCCAGACACUGCUAUAGAGAGGCUUUAUCACCUUCAGCAGAUGGUGGAGACAGCUGUCAAUAACCUCAUGGCCUUCACUACAGCAGACUGGCGGUCUUACGGACAUAUGGAGAAACACAUCAAUGAAAUUCAUGCUGCUGUGGAUAAGGUAGAGCAGUCACUGCUGGAAUACCUUCAGUUUGCAAAAGGGUCAGCAGCCCGUGCUUCCUGUCUGUCUGAGCUCAGCCUCUACAACAAAAUGAAGAGGGAGGUGCAAAGGCUGGAGGACUCUCACCAGAUCCUUACCCAAACCAGCCAUGACUUGAACAGCUACAAUUGGUCUUUGAAUGUUCUAGCUGCUAACAGACUGCAGAACAGGUGUGAUGACCUAGACCGGUUUGUUAUGGUGGCAAAGACAGUCCCGGACGAUGCCAAGCAGCUGACCACCACCAUCAGCGUCAAUGCUGAGGUGCUCUUCAAACAGGUGUUGAGCAGCUCACAUUUCAGGAACAUACCAGAGAAUAUGAACGCUCCUGACUACGUAUAUAACAAUCCUCAUAUGCAACAUCAUGGAGAAAAAACACAGAAUCACUGUGGUUCCCUUCCUCCGCUCCUGAGUAAAGGUCAGCACCCUCACAAUACCACCAGCAAGAGCUUAGAAAAGAGCUGGAUGGAUGACUACGAUUACGUUCAUCUUCAGGGGAAAGACGAGUUUGAGAGGCAACAGAAGGAGCUGCUGGAAAAAGAAAAUAUCAUCAAGCAGAGCAAAAUGGAGCUAGAACACCAUCAGAUCAAUCAGUUUCAACAGUUGGAGCAAGAGAUCACAAAGCCUGUAGAGAACGACAUUUCGAAAUGGAAGCCACCUCAAGCUCUCCAGAUUGCAAACAGCGCUGCUGCCUCUCAUGACAGAGAGCCGCUUUUAUUCUACUCUGACCAAUACGAGACUCAUUUCAAUUACCUCCUAAACACCAUCGAUGCCUUUUUCAGUUGCAUCAACAGUUCUCAGCCCCCCCGAAUCUUUGUUGCCCACAGCAAACUCGUCAUUUUGAGCGCUCACAAACUCGUGUUCAUUGGAGACACACUCACACGGCAAGUGACAACUCAGGACAUACGCAACAGAGUGAGGAACUCCAGCGACCAGUUGUGUGAACUGCUGAAGAGCAUCGUGAUGGCUACAAAGAUGGCUGCCUUGCAUUACCCUAACACCGCCACGCUACAGGAGAUGGUGGACCGAGUAACAGAGCUGUCUCAUCAGGCACAGUUGUUUAAACUCUCACUAGUCCAGAUGGCAUCCUUAUGAAACAAAGCAGAACAUGACCCACGAACAGUGAAACAGAAAACUGGAACUAUUUUUAUGUAAACAUUAUCAUUUAUUUUUUGAAGAUAUUUUACAUGAAAUGUUUUAAAUAUGUUCUUACGAGUUAGAGAAUCUAAAGAAAUCAGGGAUCUGGGAAUAUAUCUUGCUCCGUAUUGUAUUUCUAAUAUACAUUUAGACAUGUAUACACUCUGUAUAUGUUGCUACAUUCCCUAAAACAUCAUUAAGCACCUUAAAGUAUGCGUCGGGUAAGCAGUGCAUAUCUUUUGUAUAUACUGCUGUUUCUUCAGUAUAUUUAACUGGAUGCUGCACUCUUCUUGAUUCAUUCCAUCUUAAUUUUGGCACAUGGACUGGUUGUGAAAUCUCCUUGUAGCAAUCCAUGAAGCAAGUGUAAUGGUUCUUAUAGAACCCCAUUCCCUUAAUGGAAUUAACCUAGUAAUUUCCAAGAACUUUAACUUCCCUCUCGCUGUUUUGUUAUAUACAGGAUUCAAUCAUUCUGAGUAGUAUAUAUGCACAACUGCAACAAGCAACAAAGUAUGUUUUUUGGGGAGAAAAGCAUGUUUAGGCCAUAUAAGAAACAACUUUCUAAGAAGGAAAGAACUGUACAUAUUAAAUAUCUUAUGGCAUUCAAAUUUUGCUGUUUCUAAUAACUAUACAAUAUCAGAUUUUAAAACCUGGAGUCUCAGCAACAUAGAUUUACGUUUACCUUGUAUAUCCUUGCAUCAGCAAUUAAAUUAAAGUCAUGGUCAAAAGCCUUGUUUAUGGACUCAGAGUUAUCCUGAGAAAAUCCACUGGGCUCAUCUUUGAGGGUGCAGAUGAGCAAUGUCUCAAAAUAUCAGUCCCUCCAGAAGGAUUAAGGUAAGGAUUGUAAUUCAUAUAGGAAAAACAACAGAAUUUGAAAUAUUGGAUAAUUAAACAUAUGUAUACAUUGUAUGCAAUUUGAUGAAGAAAUGGCACUUAUUUUUUUUCUAGGAAAAAUUCUUGGAAAUUAAUUGCAUCUACUUCAAUUUUGAUUUCCAUUCAAGUAUUGGGCUUUUUUUUCCCUAAAUUCUGUUCCAUAGCUACUGGUCCUUCUGCACUACAACAUUACCAGAAAUGACCUCCUGUUUUAAUAGGGCAAUUACAUCAGCAGUAUACACAAUCUUACACAAUAAUUUUUCAACUUGGACCCUUAAAAAUUAAGAGUUGCAGGGACCUUUAGAAACUUCAUGUAUGCCAGCUGCUCCAAAACAUGUAUACAUGUAUAAACUUGUUUUUAUUGGUUGCCUUUUGCGUACCCCCUAAAAUUAAGUCACAGAACACCAGUUGUGCAUGGUCCUCAGACUAGAAGCUACUCUUCAAAGUGGGCAGUAGGAGCAGUUGAGCUCAUAAAUUCCAGGCAAUUGUGGCAUUUUAAAAGCAGAAACACUACUGUCCUCAGAUAAGCCAGGGUAGUGCCACAUUGAUGUAUUCUGACUGCACGAGAGUGCAAAUUGCUGGUAAAUACACCAUCACAAGAUCAGUAGCACCUAGAAAACAGACAUUUCUGCUUAACUUUUUCUGUUCCCCUGUUUGUAUCUACAUAUCUGCCUUAUUGCAAUGGGAUUCACUGUCUUGAAACAAAACAGUUGCAGCAGUGUAUGAAACGUUGCUGCCUUAAUAUAUCAUCUCAGAGUAAAGACUGCUCUUAGCAUCCGUAACAUCACUUCAAGGCUCCAGAAGGUCCCCAGGAAGUCCCAGCCCAACCUCAGAAGCAUCAGGAUCAGCCCUGGUGCUUGGCUCAGGCUUAACAUCCAAAGCCCAAAUCAGCUUGAGAAUAAGGGUAGUUAUCCUAGUGUAACCAAUAGCCAAAAAAUUAUCUUCGUGAACCUGUUUUGUACUUGUGCUGUUUGGGAUUCGUUUGGUUUUCCUUGUUCAUUUUUUCCAUUGUAUAUUCUUAGGAAGUGAAAAAGUGUUCUGAAGCUUAGCUGUUAUGCUGAUAGUCUGUGCUUUCAAAAGAACCUUAAUCACAAGCCUGUAUACAGAUUAUUUAGCAGGGAUUCAUUUUUAAAUUGUUAAAUGACUAGGGAUUGGGUUUUUUUGUUUUGUUUUUUUAAUAAAAGAUUAUAUUUGGCCUUAUUUUUUUUCUUGUUUGUAAGAUGCUUAGAGGACUGUAAAAGAUCCACAUGGGAACCAGAAGAGCAGCUUUGCUCAGUGCAGCCAUCCCUUCCCUUCAACCAACAGUGACAGCCUCCCUCUUCUACUGUGUGCCAAGUUAAGUGCAACUGGGCCUCGAUGCCACCUGAAAUAACCAUAUGGCUUGACAGAUCAGUGUUUUCUGAAAGUUAUUUUCCCAUUUCAUUGCUGCUGAGGCGUUGCCCUCCCUGCUGUCAAACACCAAGAAAGAGAAAGAGAGAGUGCAAGAAAGAGAGAAAAAGCCUGUCGCUGGCUGGGAUCAGCUCCACACUUAGGGCAGUUCAGCUGCCAACAAAAAAAGUUCCUGCAGAGAAAACACAAAUGAAAGCCUGGAGAACAAAGUGCCUGGUGUGGCUCCUUCUGUCUUUGCAAGGGGACAGCCAAGGAUCUAUGAUGUGGUUCCUGGGAGUACUCCGUUUUGUUCUGCUAAAUUUUAAAAAGCCCAACAAUAAAGGAGAGACUGGAUAACCAAAACAGUUCAGAAUAGAAAGCAGAACCUCUUCUCUCUCCUCCCUGAGCUGCAGCAUCCCCAGUCAGUUGCCAACAAGCUGCUGCUGUUUGGCAACCGAGUGGAUGGCCCAUGUGAAAUGAGUCUGAUGUUGUCCUGGUUUCAGUUAGGACAGAGUUAAUUUUCCUCCUAGUAGCUGGCAGGGUGCUAUGUUUUGGAUUAGAAUGAGAAGAGCGCUGAUAACAUGCUGAUGUUUUAAUUGUUGUAGAGCAGUGCUUACACCAAGCCAAGGACUUUUCAGCUUCUCGCUCUGUCCUGCUAGCGAGCAGGCUAGGGAUGCAGCAGGAGCUGGGAGGGGACAGACCCAGGACAGCUGACCCAAACUGGCCAAAGGGGUAUUCCAUACCAUCUGACGUCAUGCUGAACAAUAUAUAGGGGUGGCUAGCCGGGGUGGGGGGGGGCCGGCUGCUCAGGGAUAGGCUGGGCAGCGGUCAAUGGGUGGUGAGCAAUUGCAUUGUGCAUCACUUAUUUCGUACACAUUAUUAUUAUUAAUACUAUUAUUAUUAUUGUUGUUAUUAUUUUUCCUGUCUUAAUAAACUGUCUUUGUCUCAACUC